AUGGGCAUCCAAGGGAAAAUCGAAAAUCUUACAGAAGAACAGAUCAAGAGAAUAACAUGCUCAGUGUGUUUGGAGAUAUAUGAAGAACCGGUGGAAGUUGCAUGUUGCAGACAGGUUUUUUGCAAGAAAUGUAUUUUGGCUGUAUCUGGUAACAAGGGGAAUAGCUGCCCAAUUUGCAGGGAAAAUCUCGACAUCAAAAGAUUAACAAAAGCACAUCCUUUUAUCUUGGAGCAUUUGUCCACUGUCGAAAUGAAGUGUCCUUUUCCAGAGUGCCCAGAAUCAAACACAUACGAAGCGCAUAUUAACCACAUCAGCAGCUGUUCGAGAGGACCUGACAGUGUGUGCAACUCGUGCAAUCAAAAUGUCCCACGAUUGGAUUUUGAUGAUCACCUGGAAAACUGUCUUCAAAGAUACAAAGAGCUGGUAAAGAAAGCCGAAUACAUGAUCACAAAGCUUCGCAUGGAAAAUCGACAUCUAAGAGAGAAGCUUACAAACGCAGAAAGACGUGCCAGUAUGAACCAAACAAGCAAUUAUUAUGCACCGCAUAUGCUCGAAUAA